AUGCAGUCCUCCCCAAACAUGCUCACCAAGUUCGAGUCAAAGUCAUCCCGUGCUAAGGGAAUCGCCUUCCAUCCCAAGCGGCCAUGGAUCCUUGUGUCGCUCCAUUCGUCGACGAUUCAGUUAUGGGAUUAUCGCAUGGGAACAUUGAUCGACCGCUUCGAAGAACAUGACGGCCCUGUCCGUGGCAUUGACUUCCACCCAACACAGCCUCUCUUCGUAUCUGGAGGUGACGACUACAAGAUCAAGGUCUGGAGUCUUCAGACCCGCAGAUGUCUUUUCACCCUGAAUGGACACUUGGAUUACGUUCGCACAGUCUUCUUUCACCGCGAAUUGCCAUGGAUUCUUUCAGCAUCCGACGAUCAGACAAUCAGGAUAUGGAACUGGCAAAACAGAUCAUUGAUUUGUACAAUGACCGGUCACAAUCACUAUGUGAUGUGCGCGCAAUUCCAUCCGACCGAGGAUCUGAUCGCGUCGGCAUCCCUCGAUCAAUCCGUCCGCAUCUGGGAUAUCUCCGGUCUCCGGAAGAAGCACUCGGCCCCCACCUCCAUGACGUUCGAAGACCAGAUGGCUCGAGCCAAUCCCAGCCAGGCUGAUAUGUUCGGCAACACUGACGCUGUUGUGAAAUUUGUUCUGGAAGGCCAUGAUCGGGGUGUCAAUUGGGUGUCUUUUCACCCAACUCUGCCCUUGAUCGUGUCCGCAGGAGACGAUCGCUUGGUCAAAUUAUGGAGAAUGAGUGAUACGAAGGCUUGGGAAGUCGAUACAUGCCGUGGCCAUUUCCAGAACGCCUCUGCCUGUCUUUUCCAUCCCCACCAGGACCUCAUCCUCUCCGUUGGCGAAGACAAGACAAUUCGAGCUUGGGAUUUGAACAAGAGGACUUCCGUGCAGUCAUUCAAGCGUGAUCUAGAUCGUUUCUGGGUUAUCGCUGCUCACCCCGAGAUCAACCUAUUCGCGGCCGGCCAUGACACUGGUGUCAUGGUCUUCAAGCUGGAGAGAGAGAGACCUGCGUCGGCUGUCUACCAAAACCAGCUGUUCUAUAUCACGAAGGAGAAGCAUGUGAAGUCAUAUGACUUUGCGAAGAAUGUCGAGUCCCCGCCGAUGCUUUCGUUGCGCAAACUGGGAUCGCCCUGGGUGCCACCAAGAACCCUCUCAUACAACCCUGCUGAGCAGGCCAUCCUCGUCACUUCCCCAUCUGACGGUGGUACAUACGAGUUGAUUCACCUGCCGAGGGAUGCAACCGGUGCUGUUGAGCCAACCGAUGUCAAGCGCGGUCAGGCCUCCUCUGCUGUCUUUGUUGCUCGCAAUCGAUUCGCUGUCUUCAGCCAAGCCAACCAGCAGGUCGACAUCAAGGACCUGAGCAACUCGACCACGAAGACAAUCAAACCACCAGCCGGAACAACAGAUAUCUACUUUGGCGGAACAGGCGCUCUGCUUUUCAUUACACCAACUUCCGUCGUCCUCUUCGACAUCCAGCAGAAGAAACAGUUGGCGGAGCUUGCAGUCAGCGGUGUCAAGUAUGUUGUUUGGUCUAAUGAUGGCCUCUACGCUGCUUUGCUCAGCAAGCACAAUGUUACUAUUGUCACGAAGACACUUGAGCAGGUGAGCAGCUUACAUGAGACGAUCCGCAUCAAGAGCGCCGCUUGGGAUGACUCUGGUGUCCUGCUCUACUCAACAUUGAACCACAUCAAGUACUCGCUUCUCAACGGUGACAACGGUAUCAUCCGGACCUUGGAGCACACUGUAUACCUUGUCAAGGUCAAAGGUAGAAGUGUGUACUGUCUCGACCGCAAUGCUAAGCCCCGGGUUUUGGAAAUCGAUCCCACUGAGUACCGAUUCAAGCUCGCUUUAGUCAAGAGAAAUUAUGAUGAGAUGCUGCAGAUCAUCAAGACUUCAAGCUUGGUUGGACAGAGUAUCAUUUCAUAUUUGCAAAAGAAGGGAUACCCCGAGAUCGCCCUACAGUUCGUUCAGGACCCUCAAACACGCUUUGAGCUGGCUCUCGAGUGCGGUAACCUGGAAGUCGCUAUCGAGAUGGCACGAGAACUGGACCGACCCAACCUGUGGAGUAGACUGGGAGCGGAGGCCCUGGCUCAUGGUAACCACCAGACAGUGGAGAUGACCUACCAGAAGCAGAGAAACUUUGACAAGCUUUCUUUCUUGUACUUGGCCACCGGUGACCAAGAAAAGCUGUCUAGAAUGGCUAAGAUUGCAGAGCACCGCGGUGACUUUACUUCUCGUUUCCAGAAUGCCGUAUAUCGUGGCGACGUUGAAGAUAAAAUCCAGAUGUUCAAGGAGGUCGAUUUGUACCCUCUUGCAUACCUCACUGCAAAGUCUCAUGGCUUGACAGAUGAGGCCGAAUCUAUCCUCGAGGCUUGUGGUCUGACGGAAGAUCAGAUCGCCCUCCCGGCAAUCGAAGAACCUCCACGGGUGCCACACCCCAUUGUCUCUACUUUCAAGUCGAAUUGGCCAGUUAAGGCUGCUGCUCAUUCUUCUUUCGAGAAGGCAUUACUUGGGGAAGUUGGAGCGGAAAAUGAGGAAGCGGCCGGCCUUGAGUUUGAGCCUGAAGAGGAAGGCGAGGAAACUGUCACCGCCCGCGAGCCUUUCGAGGAGGAAGAGGAGGAUGUCGCUGGCUGGGACAUGGGAGAAGAGAUUAACGUGGAGGAGGAUGUUGACUUCGUCAAUGUGGACAGUGCAGAGGCUGGCGCGGGUAGCUCUGAAGCCGAUCUUUGGGCUCGCAACUCGCCAUUGGCCGCUGACCAUGUCGCUGCCGGCUCUUUUGAGACUGCCAUGCAGCUUCUCAAUCGCCAAGUUGGUGCCGUGAACUUUACUCCCCUCAAGGGCCGUUUCCUUGAAGUGUACAAGGCAUCCAAGACCUAUCUGCCUGCCACCGUUGGCCUUCCUCCUCUCGUCAACUACGUACGACGCACUGUUGACGAGACUGAUAGUCGGAAAGUCUUGCCCAUCAUUCCCAAGGAUCUGGAGACUAUCGCCACUGUCGACCUUCAGGAGGGUUAUGCGGCAAUGAGGGCAAAUAAGCUUGAGGAUGGCGUCAAAAUCUUCAAGGGAAUCCUGCAUUCAAUUCUUAUCAACACCGUGUCUUCAGAGGCCGAGGUGGAGCAGGCAAAGAAGAUUAUUGCAACCGCCCGGGAGUACAUCCUUGCCAUGUCUAUCGAACUUGAGCGUCGUUCUCUGUCAGCGGAUACUCCAGAGAACCUGAAGAGAAGCCUUGAGCUUUCCGCCUACUUCACCAUCCCCAAGUUGGAGGUCGCUCACCGUCAGCUUGCAUUGAUGGCUGCGAUGAAGUUUGCAUUUGCCAACAAGAACUACUCGUCUGCCCUUAGCUUCGCCAACCGCAUGUUGGCCAACGGAGGCUCGCCUAAGCUUCUCGACCAGGCCAAGAAGAUCAAGGCUCAAUGCGAGCGUAACCCGCAGGACAAGAUUGACAUUGAGUUUGACCAAUUCGCCGAAUUCGAUAUUUGCGCCGCCUCGUUCACCCCUAUCUAUGGUGGCUCUCCUAGUGUGUCAGAUCCCUUCACAGGGGCCAAGUACCAUGAACAGUACAAGGGCACUUUGUGUCGGAUAUCCGAUGUGACCGAGAUUGGAGCACCUGCUAGCGGGCUGCGUCUGUUCAUUCCUGGUCAGUAG